UCAUUCAGCUCACUUAGUUUUUUAAAAGGGUAUUUUUAUACGUUGUACAGAGCAAAUCAUUUGCUUCUUAUUCGACUCUAGUAAACCGGAAGUAAUAGUUUCUGACCUUUACCGCCAACUGACACGUGGGUUUGUUAUGCGAUUUCCGUUCUGUUGGUAUAAUACUACAAGAGCAUUUAAAAUGGAUGGCAAGCCACUAAUUUUAGAUGGAGGUCUGGGAACCGAACUUGAAGUUAAUGGACUUCAAAUAGAUGGGGAUCCACUGUGGAGUGCAAGAAUUCUGCAUACAGACCCAAAGGCCAUUAAGGAUGUCCAUUAUAGAUUUCUCCAAAGUGGCUCAGAUGUCAUAACAACAGCCACGUAUCAGGCCAGCAUUGAAGGAUUUGUGAAAUAUCUUGGUCUUGGGCCCGAGGAAGCUCGGCAGCUGAUCAUGUCUGGAGUUCAACUGGCAAAAGAGGCAGUAUCAGACUUUAUGUCUCAGAACAAGGUUUCAGAAGACAGAAGACAACCUUUGGUUGCAGGCUCAGUGGGUCCAUAUGGGGCGUUCCUACAUGAUAGAUCAGAGUAUACUGGGGCAUAUGAGGAAAAAAUGACAGUGGAGGAGUUUAAAGACUGGCAUCGUCCCCAGAUCCAGUGUUUGGUAAAGGCUGGAGUCGAUCUUGUUGCCAUGGAGACAAUUCCAUGUCUUAAAGAGGCAGAGGCAUUGGUAGAAGUUCUCAAAGAAUUCCCAGGAACUAAAGCCUGGCUUUCCUUUUCCUGUAAGUCAUAAUAUUUCGAGUGGGAAGACAUUUUCUGAGGCAGUGCAGGUGGCUUGUAGGUCCUCACAGCUGGUUGCUGUGGGAGUGAACUGUUGCCCCCCUGAUCUGGUGAAACCACUUCUAGAGUCAGCCAUGUCCCA